AUGAGUGUUUUGGCUCUGGCCAAUUACAAGAAAAAAGAACAAAAACAGAGAAGGUUGUCGAGUGCUCUAACUUAUCAUAAACGUAUUCAUACAGGUGAGACGCCAUUUCAGUGUGAUAAUUGUGGUAAAUCAUUCUCUCAACGAAGUGCUUUAACUCAUCACAAACGUAUUCAUACAGGAGAAACACCAUAUUCCUGUAAUAUCUGUGGUAAAUCAUUUUCUGGUAAAAGUGCUCUAACUUAUCAUAAACUUAUUCAUACAGGAGAGAAGCCAUUUCACUGUGAUAUUUGUGGUAAAUCAUUUGCUGUAAGGAGUUUCUUAACUAGUCACAGACAUAUCCAUGCAGAAGAGAAGCCUUAUCAUUGUGGCAUUUGUGGUAAAUCAUUCUCUCAAAGUGGCAACUUAACUGCUCAUAAACGUCUCCAUACAGGAGAGAAGCCAUAUCCCUGUGAUGUCUGUAACAAAUCAUUCUCUCAAAGAAGUGCUUUAACUCCUCACAAACGUAUUCAUACAGGAGAGAAACCAUAUUCCUGUAAUAUCUGUGGUAAAUUAUUUUCUGGUAAAAGUGCUCUAACUUAUCAUAAACGUAUUCAUACAGGAGAGAACCCAUUUCAGUGUGAUAUUUGUGGUAAAUCAUUCUCUCAAAGAAGUGCUUUAACUAAUCACAAGCGUAUUCAUACAGGGAAGAAGCCAUAUUCCUGUAAUAUCUGUGGUAAAUUAUUUCCUGGUAAAAGUGCUCUAACUUAUCAUAAACGUAUUCAUACAGGAGAGUCACCAUAUCCUUGUGAUAUCUGUGGUAAAUCAUUCUCUCAAAGUGGCAGCUUAGCUAAACAUAAACGUAUUCAUACAGGAGAGAAGCCAUAUUCCUGUAAUAUCUGUGGCAAAUUAUUUUCUGAUAACAGUGCUCUAACUCAACAUAAACGUAUUCAUACAGGAGAGUCACCAUAUCAUUGUAGUGUCUGUGGUACAAGAUUCUCUGACCAAAGUGUUUUAAAUAAUCACCAGCAUUGUCAUACAGGAGAGAAGCCAUUUCAAUGUGACAUCUGUGGUAAAUCAUUCUCUCAUAGAAGUGCUUUAACUAAUCACAAGCGUAUUCAUACAGGAAAGAAGCCAUAUUCCUGUAAUAUCUGUGGUAAAUUAUUUCCUGGUAAAAGUGCUCUAACUUAUCAUAAACGUAUUCAUACAGGAGAGUCACCAUAUCCUUGUGAUAUCUGUGGUAAAUCAUUCACCAUGAGUUCUAACUUAACUGGACACAGACGUAUUCAUACAGGAGAAACACCAUAUUCUUGUGAUAUCUGUGGUAAAUUAUUCUCUCAAAAUAUUUAUUUGACUUUACACAAACGUAUUCAUACAGGAGAGACACUAUUUCACUGUGAAAUCUGUGGUAAAUCAUUCUCUCAAAGUGGCAACUUAGCUAAACAUAAACGUAUUCAUACAGGAGAGACACCAUAUUCUUGUGAUGUCUGUAAUAAAUCUUUCUCUACCAGUAGUAACCUAAUGACCCAUAAACGUAUUCAUACAGGAGAGACACCAUAUUCUUGUGAUAUCUGUGGAAGGUCAUUUACUCAACAUAGCAGCUUAACUUCUCACAAAUGUGUUCAUAAGGGGAAGAAGCAAUCCCACUAAUAUUUAAACUAAAUCAUAAUCUCUAAGGGGUUACUGAAACCCUUUACCAUGUACGUUAUUCUGUCGAAUGCGAUGUUUAUAUAUUCACAUUAUUUUCAAUUUGCCAUCCAAAGGUUUAGUAAAAUUCUAUCAAUUAGAAAAAAGAUAUUUAAUUUUAAUUCUCAAAUUUUUAUCAAUUUUUGCGUGAUAUUAAAGGGACACUACUCAUAUAUGAACUUAGGCGCACACACACAGACACAGGAGACAAAAGACAAUACAAAGAGUUUUCAAAUUGAGUAAACAGGAGUAGUUGUGUGGUAAGUAGCUUGCUUACCUUUGUCGGAGACAGAUGUGUUUGUUUUUGGCAGAGAGUUCUUGCUGCUUGAUGUCACGUCUUUCGUCGUGAAAUAUUGAACUUUGAGGCUCGACUACAGGUAGGCGUUUGUCGUAUAUUUUGAGGGUUUAGUGGAGUUUGUUGCCCUGUAUUUAAUAUUUUUUGGUGAGUAAUAGACUCCAAUCUGCUCCAGACAUUUGCCUGCCUGUGGCCGCCUAUAAAGACUCACUUUGCAGUGAGAAUUGUGUUUUCGAGGAGGCAUAGCCCCUCCGCAAAAAUUAAUUUCUUUGCGAAAAUUAUCUUCGUGUCUGUGGAUUACCA